AUGAUGUGCUUUUUGUCCGAAAGAUUGCAGCGAAUGCUGGUUGAAGCUGUCGACAAUAAGAAUGAAUACCAAUUCAACUAUUUCCUGACAGUUUUAAAUUUAAACCCGGAUUUAAAGCUCAAAUGUUUUGGAAAUUUAUCAACUUUCGAAAAAGUUCUUCUUUCGCCAAAUUCACGAAAGUUCAUUGAACUUUGUAUUCAGAAUGGCUCGGACAUUUAUCAGAAAAAUUCUGAUGAAAUUUAUCCUCUUGACUUUGCGGUAAGGUCAUUGAGUGUUGAGAAUCUUCAAUCUAUUAUGAAAGACAGCCAAACUAUUGCCAUUGUACAACAAAACGAAUUGAACGAUCACAAAUAUUCAACCAUCAUAAAUGCCAAGGUCGAUCAUGGAAACAACUAUCUUCACUUUCUCAUUAAUCAGUUAUCAGGGACAAAUUAUGAAGAAAUAAGUGAAAUGAUCAAAAUACUGUUAUUAAAUGGUUGCAACCCAAACCUGAUGAAUGACAACCAAGAAACGCCAUUUUAUUUACUUUUGAAGAAAUUGCAAGCCAUGAAUGUUCAAAGUGAUUUGAUUGAGUUUUUUUGUGACCAUUCAUGUGUUAAUUUUAACACCACUAAAAGCAAUGAAAUCAUCCGCAUAAUGGAUGAGCGAGGAUUACUGCACAAAGUGAAUUCAAGAAAAGAAUCUCAACAUGAUGUUAACUGUUUAAUCAGGUAUCUUAGUUUUGAGAAUGAAAAACAAUUUGAGAACCGGAUUGAAAGUUUCAAAAAUCAUUCGAACGACCUUUCGAAAGAUUUCGCAAUUCUUUUAGAAGAAGCAAUUGUGAGAAAUUUGCAUGAAAUUGUCAAAAUUCUUCUUAAACAUGGAGCAGACGUCAACCAAUUUUCUAUUGAAAGUAAAUAUAAAAUGCCACCAGCAUAUGUUGCAUCAUCACUUGGACAUCAUAAAGUACUUGAAGUUUUGAUCAACGACACCAACUUACAAUUCAAAACAAGCAAACGAAAGCAAAAUUUGCUUCAUCAAGUUUUGAAUGCGAAAAAUGUUCAUGCAAAUGAUCAACAAAAUUGCUUUGAUCUCCUGAUUGCUGAUCAAAGAUGCACAUUCGAAAUUAUUAACAGUUUGGAUGAUGCUAAUCAUUGCCCAUUAUAUUAUGCAUGUGAGUUGGGAAACAAUGAAAUUAUUAAAGAACUUUUAAGACGUGGUGCAUACAUUGGAAACAAAAUGAUUGUCGACAACAUAAAUAGCGAUGUUAUGAGUGAAUUUCUCGACGAAUGCAUCAAAUGUUCGAAAGACUUAAAAGACAAAAGCUGUGAUGUUCACAUUAAUUACAAUUUUCUCAACUCACAUAACACGACAACAAGUGAAAUGCAUCCAGUGAAAUUAAUUGCUGAGAAUUCACAUUUAGAAGAUUUGAUACUUCAUCCAAUUAUUUCAACAUUUCUUGCACUUAAAUGGCGUAAAAUUGAUAUAAUCGUUUACUUCAACUUGUUGAUAUAUUUUUGCUUCAUGAUUUUCCUGGGAACUUUCGUCACGAAUUAUUUCCAUGACUCAGUUUAUAAUAAUUAUGAUGUGGUGGUUGAAUUGACGAUUGAUGAAAUUUUCCCAAGCCAUUCCAACGUGACGUCAUCAUCACCUUCUCCAGUACCAGCUGUGCUAGAUGAUGUCCAUUCUCGAAUAAAUUACAAUCCUACAAGUGACGAUGAGUAUAACGACGAGGAUAAUGAUGGAACAUUAAAUGACUAUGAAGAAGAUAUGACGGGUAAUGAUGGAACAAUCAAUGAUAGUCCAGGAAUGUUAGGGAAACCAGAAACAACAGGAUAUAGUGUAGAGCUAACUGAAUAUUCUGGAGAAGAUGAAAUGGAUUAUUCCACGACAGAAGAACCGCCACGACCUUCAACAACAGAAGAAUCAUUCUUCGGUGACCGUGGAUCAAUUGAUUUACCGAGAUUACCACCAAUAGCUGAUAUGCCAAUGGGAUCAUUUGGAAUUUCAACUCGUUUGGGAUCAAAUAAUAAAAAUGAUUACCAGCCUCCAAGGUCAAGACAGCCUCCAAGGUCAAGGCAGCCCUCUAGUGGAUCAAAGCAUUCUUAUAGUGGACCGAAACGAAAAUCUCCCCCAAAAUCGAAACAAACUGGCAAGGAAAACUCUACCACGACGCUUAUUUCAUCUCCAAUACCUAAGAAAAAAGUCAUUGAACAGCCUAAUUUACUUGCUUUACUUUUUGGAAUUGGAUCAUCAAAUGAUAGGAAAUCAAGAAGAAAACGAUCAGUUGAUGGGGAUCAAGAUGAUGAAUGGAUUGAGCAUUUUAAGCAUCAUUUCGAUGAAAAUGUAAGAUCAUAUCGAAUUUGUGUUGUUGGCGUUUUCUUAAUGGCUUUUUAUGAAAUUGUUCAACUUGUAAUGUCUCCGAAAUCAUAUCUCUUCAAAUUAAGUAAUUGGCUUGACAUUGCAUUGAUUUUCAUCUCGUCAUUGGUUUUACUUGGAAAUUUUCGUAUUCAACCGGAAGAUUUUAAAAAAGUUCGCUCGAUAAUGAUUUUGUUGAUGGCUGCUCAAAGCUUUCAAAUUGUUGCUAAAGUCAGUCUAUUGUCGAUGUCACUUCACAUGGCAAUCUUUAAAAGAGUUUGCAUGACAUUUAUAAAAACAAUUUCAUUGUAUAUGAUCAUGAUUCUUGCUUUUGCUAUGAGUUUUUACACUUUAAACAGUGAUAGUCAUGGUGACAGGAAAGGCAACUUGAAAAUCGGCAAGGCAGAUGGUGAAGAUAUGGAAGAGAGUUUUUCUGAUCCAUUCUUAUCUAUCAUAACAACUGUGCGAAUGAUGUUAUCAGAUUUUGAAAAUAUCAAAAUCAAACAAGAAGAUCAUUUUCUAGGUCUCAUGUUUCUAUUGUUUGUCACUUUAAUUACCGUCGUGCUUUAUAAUCUUUUGAAUGCAUUAGCCAUUAGCGACACAAAUAACAUCUUGAAAGAUGCCGAACUUGUUGAUACAAAGAAAAGAAUUUCCAUUUUGAGCAGCUAUGAGAAAUUUUUCUCAUAUUUUAAACCUAAAUUCAUGAAUAUUUUUCCCAAGAUGUCAUCGAUAAUAAUAACUCCAAACAAAGACAAUAGAAUUAAAAUUAAGAGAAAUUUUGUUACCAGUAAGAUUACCUCAAUUUGGAUUCAUAAAACUGCAUCACCACAAAAUUAUGAUAAUGUUUAUGAAACAAGCUGGAAGCCCUGGGGGAAAAGGAAAGUUCCAGUGAUGCUUGAAGAAAAAUAUAUUAAGAAAAUUUUGGAUUGCAUAAAAACUCAGCAUGAACGAAUACUUUUCCAAAACGAGAAGAACACAAUUGAAGAAAAUUUUCUUUCUAUUUCUAAAGAGAUCUCUUCGUUGAAAAAAUCGCAAAGUAUUCAAGGUGAAAGCCUCGAAAAGAUUCUCAACAGUUUAAUGCGACGUGAAAGACUUUUAAAAGACUAUAAAGAAGGAAAGGUUCAUGCUUUUCAAACCGAUGAAAUUUUCAUGUAA